AUGGUGAGUAAGGUUCUCUGUCAUUUCAAUGGUGAGGUUGACAGUGGCUUCGCAAAUGCGAUUCCCGACUUAUCGACUUCUUCAGAGCGACGCACGUCCCCGGUGAUGGAUCAGCACCUUGAGGACGAAUAUCAUCCAUUUGUUGAGGCACUGUUGCCUUAUGUAAAGGACUUUUCCUAUGUGUGGUUCAAUCUACAAGCUGCGAAACGUAGAUAUUUCAAAAGACAUGAAAAACGAAUGACGUUAGAGGAGGAGACCGGUGUAAAGGAAGAAUUAAUGAACGAAAGGGCUGAGGUGAAGCAAAAAUGGGCGGCUCGGUUGUUGGGUAAGCUGAGGAAGGAUAUCCAACCUCAAUACAGGGAUGAUUUCGUUUCUUCGGUCACUGGUCAGCAACCGGCUGUAUGUGUUUUAUCCAACCCUGACCAAAAGGGCAAAAUGCGGCGCAUCGAUUGUCUCCGACAAGCUGAUAAAGUGUGGCGGUUAGAUUUGGUCAUGGUAAUUCUUUUCAAGGGAAUCCCAUUAGAGAGUACAGACAGUGAGCGUUUGGAGAAGUGUGCUGAAUGUGUCUUUCCGGCAGUUUGCGUCAAUCCGUACCACAUUUCCAUAGCUGUUCGGGAAUUGGAUUUGUUUCUUGCAAAUUUUAUCCGUACUGGCAAUCCAGACGAAAAAGAUACACCGGAGCAAAAGAUGGAUGAUAAGCAGAAAGGCAAAUGGCCACUUCCAAAUUGUAUUCUUUCAGCGGAUGUCCUAAUAGGCGAUAUGAGUCCUGAAGGUAUAUGGGGAACUGGUGUUUUUUCAGCAUUUGAAUUAAAGACUUUGACAAAACCGUCGAUCAUGACGUGUUCAACAAUGAAUAGUCGACCAAUCGUGCAGACUAUUUUACGAAGCAAUGAUAGAACAUCGUGGGUUUCGACUCUUUCGUCUAACAACUCUCCACUGAAUGGCAGUCUUCCUUCUUCACCUCCUCCAAGUGCAAUGGCAGCGAUAAAGGCUCUCGCUGACUCCGAAUGCCAUAUGUCUACUGUGCCUUCGGGUAUGUCGUUACGAUCGUCGACGACGAUUCCUCAAGUUGGUGCUGUGGUUACGGUCGGGCUGAAUUCCGAUUCGAAGCAUUCCCUUUUAGGAUUCUCAAGCGGCGAUCAUGAGGAAGAGCCAAAUGAGAAAAGAAGUCGCCAUGCAUCUCGUGACUCUGCUGCUAGUAGUACAAACGAAGAAGUAAGGCGAAUUGUGGAGCGGGCCUCGGAUGGAGGGUGGAGUUGUGGAUUAUCUGCGGAAGACUUGAUUGCCACUGAUGGAACAACACGUAGCAUCUCAGUAGAGAAAGGACAACGGUUUGUUUUUCAAAAAGAUGGAGAUCGUUAUGUAAAGGUUGUCCAUACAGGAGUUAGGCCAAGCGUACCUGCUGUUGGAUCAAAUGUGCGACGAGUUACGGUAGCAAAUGCUGGUGGUGAUGAGCAGCAGCUCGGAGUAGUGGUGUUCGAUUCGCGGAAUACUGUACGGUCGGAAACCCAGACACUGGCUGCAGUGCUAUCUGGUGUCUCUCCAAUGAGUCGCAGUGAUGUAAUGUCGUCUGCUGUUUAUCAAAGUCGUGCUCCGAUGGUUUCGAGUCGUAAACGAAUUCAUUCUGUAAACACCCACACUGGUAGUUCGAACGCUAUUACACAGGCCACAGUCAAUGGUGUGACUCGUCUUACGGGUACUAGUGGGGCUGAGACCAAUACUUCCCCACCUCAUGCAGUGGUUUCUCAGUUGCGUCGACUAGAAGGUAAUGGAACUGCUUAUUUAGCGAGUCCGACAAAAUUUACGACUGCUAAUGGCACGACGAUCAGCUUUAGCAAAGUCUUGGAGCAAGUGGAAGUGAAACACCAAACGGGUAAAAAUCGCCAUGAUCAUAUGGUUGAAACAAAUAUUAUUGGUGAAGUUCUUACACCGCAACCUGUCCAUACUUUUGUCACGAAACCGGAGCAGUCUGCCCAAGCACUGUCUGCAUGUAGUUCCGUGGUUAGUUCACCAUUGACAACUCCAAGAGUUACACCUAUUCCCACAUCUAUGCUUACUGGUGGAGCACCAGUUAGGGCAAUAAUACCUUCUGGUGGAGUGGGAGAUGACGAAUGUAAUACGUUGUUCAGUGCUAUUGCAAGUAACGGAAACAGUAACGAUGGAAUAUUGUCUACUCAUUUCUUGCAAUAUCUCAAUGAUUCUAAUUCGCGGUCUCCAGGUUCAGGGAAUUCGUUACAUGUUCCUUUCAAUGUAAUUGCAAGCACUCCAGCUCGACCGGAUAGCGUUGCCAGCAACAGUUCAAAUUCUCUUACUGGUGUGCUCUCUCUUUCGGCUCCACCCACAAAUGCAUUGACGGUGUCACAGACUCCGACUGCUACAUCUCCUACAGUGGAUUCCACUACAAUUGAAGCAGUGGUUCGUGACUCGUUGCCGGAUUCAACUACCGUUGAUUCGCCCAGAAUUGUUAGAACAGCGGGAUAUCUGGGAGGAUCGACUUCUUCAGGGAGUCCUUCAAGCUCGAACGGAAGCAAUAUUUCUAGUUCUUCUCUACAAGGUGCAUUAUUGACCACUGAUUUUCGCGCGGCUCCCAAAUGA